GACGGGAGUGCGUAGGGCGGAAGUUUGAACAGCAGGAGGCUAACGUCAGGAUAUCGCGCUAUAGCCGUUUUUGGCUCCUCUAAAAUGGACAUAUUUGUCCUGAAGUGUUUUUUCCUGCUGGUCCUUCACACGUCGGCGUAUCCUGCUGCCGCGCGGAGAGAGAGGAAAAAUGUCCUUUUCAUCAUGGCAGAUGAUUUGCGGACAUCUCUGGGGUGCUAUGGGGAUCCGGUGGCUAAAUCGCCCAACAUUGACCAGCUGGCAUCCAGAGGCCAAGUCUUUGUCAAUGCCUUUGCGCAGCAAGCUGUGUGCGGUCCCAGUCGGGUAUCCAUGUUAACCAGUCGCAGACCAGACACAACCAGGCUCUAUGACUUCAACUCCUACUGGAGAGUCCAUUCUGGAAACUACACGACCCUGCCACAGUACUUUAAAUCUCAAGGGUACUUCACUAUGUCUGUGGGCAAGGUGUUUCACCCAGGCAUUGCCUCCAACAAUACUGACGACUAUCCUUACAGCUGGUCCAUCCCAGCCUAUCACCCACCUUCAUUCACAUAUGAGAAAAAAAAGAUGUGUAAAGGGGAGGAUGGGAAACUCCACGUCAACUUGCUAUGUGCUGUGAAUGUGACCGAGCAGCCUGGGGGAACCCUCCCUGACCUGGAGAGCACAGAGGAGGCGGUGAGGUUACUGAAGAGUCGAGUCAACGAUGACGAUCCUUUCUUCUUGGCUGUGGGUUUUCAUAAGCCGCAUAUACCUUUUAGGAUUCCACAGGAAUACCUGACCCUGUAUCCUCUAGACCAAAUGACUCUGGCCUCUGACCCAGAUGUCCCUGAACGCCUUCCCACUGUGGCCUACAACCCCUGGACAGAUGUAAGGAAGCGAGAGGAUGUGCAAAAGCUCAACAUUAGCUUCCCCUACGGACCUAUACCGAAAGACUUCCAGCUGCGUAUCCGUCAGCACUACUAUGCUGCAGUGUCAUAUAUGGAUGCUCAAGUUGGUCGGCUGCUCAGUGCACUGGAAGAGCUGGGGCUGGCAGACAACACUAUGGUGGUGUUCACCUCUGAUCAUGGUUGGUCACUGGGUGAGCAUGGUGAAUGGGCUAAAUACUCGAAUUUUGAUGUCGCAACACGCGUACCUCUGAUCUUCUUUGUUCCUGGUGACAAUGAAGCCGGUACAUCAACCUUCCCGUUUAUAGACGUCUUAAGGGAAUCUGUGCACAGCAUCAAAAGUGGCAAAGUUAGAAGUAGGCUGGUGGAGCUGGUGGAUGUCUUUCCUACUGUGUCCUACCUGGCUGGCCUCAAAGUUCCCGUGCAGUGCCCUGACAUUUCUUUCCAGGUGGAUUUGUGUACUGAAGGAGAAAACCGUGCCUACGCUGCGCCACAAGGGCAAAGCGAGAGGACUCCAGAAGAUGUAGCUUUCAGCCAAUAUCCUCGCCCUGCUGAUGCACCACAGGAGAACUCUGACCUCCCUGACCUCAAAGACAUAAAGAUCAUGGGUUACUCUCUGCGCACCUGGGACUACAGGUACACUCUGUGGCUGGGCUUCAAUCCCAAAACAUUUCAGGUGAAUGUGUCUGACGUCCAUGCUGGGGAGUUGUACAUGUCAGCAGACGACCCCGGUCAGGACAAGAACAUCUUCAAUAACUCUGAUUACAGUGAGAUAAUGAGGAAGACUGCCAGCCUUCCUCAGACUGUUGGUUUGCAGAUGAGAAUGAAGCUGCAGUUCCACUACCUCACAGCGGGGAUGAAAACGAGCAGAGGGAAGCCAUGAGGACGGGAACGAAGCACAACAGAUGGGGACGAGUAAAAAGGGAAGAUGGAUGAGUGAAAGGGAAAAAAGGCUUGAACAUGAAUCGUAUUAUGUGCUGUCCAUGUAAUUUGUGUGCACUUGGUUCUUCAGGCUGAUGUUUGUGCUUGAGAACUCAUUGGUAGGCAGAUCUCAUGCUUUGACUUAGAGUGGAGUCCAUGCUUAGCAGAAUAGUUUGACACUAACAAAAGGAAACGCGCCUGUUUGCUGAAACUUGUAAUUCAUACAUGAUAUGAAUGCAGAUACUUUAUUUUAACCAAGCUCACCAUAUUUGUGUUACCAGUUAACCCCAGAGCUGGCUUGGUUAGUAAGGUGCAUCCUUACAUGAUUCACUGACACAUGUGUGGUUGGAGGAAAACUGGGCUUAGAACAAAAUGUACUCAGUGGAGAAAUGAACAUUUGACUCAAAGCUGCAGUUUGAAGCCUUAAUGAAAUGUCAUCGUGUGAGUCACGUUAGGAUUGAACCACCAUACUGUGGGCAGAAGCAGGGACACCGGUUACCAAACCUUUUUUCUUUUUGGUAUCAGCGUGUGAACAUGUUUUUUUUUUUUCUUAUUUAAAGUUGGGCAUUUUAACACGGGAAUCUGUGGGAACAGACGCAACCUUUGGAGCCGGCCACAAGUGCAGUUUUGGUAUUUGCUUGUUUGCGUCAUUUUCCCUCCCAUACAGCUGUGUAGAGGAAGUGUAACCUUUGGAGCUCGAGCUGACUUAUAGUCACCAUACUAAGAGUGUCCCGGUUAUUCAAUCCAACUUUAUUUUCCCUGAAAAAAACAAAAGCAAAACCAUCAUUCCUUUAACACAUCCCAUUAAACCCACAGGUGUCUGUGCAGCUGGACCACUGACGGGUUUCUGUGGAAAUCUCCACCUCAGACUAGAUAAACGUGGCAUCUAGAAGUCUUUUCAUUUAAAGGAAUAUUGAGGAAACUUGCAGAACUCCUUUUAAUUAAUGUUGACACCCAUGUUUGUCUUCAGUGUACUGGUAAACUGCUUUAAGGGGAAGUCUCUCAGAAUAGCAGCCGAUAGGGACUUUUGUACUGUAGUGUUAAACAAUAUGACAUUUCUAUUUGCACUUGAUGUUACUUGCAGCUAUUUGCCCCCCCCCCCCUCGUAAACAGUCAGUUCAGAUCAGUUCAGAGACCUGGAAUGAAGGGAGUAAAAGCCACCCAUAAUUAAAUGCAAAUGAAACAGACUGUAGCUACAUUUACUGUGGUUCCAGUGCGUGAACAGUCGGUGCCGUGAUAAUUUAGAAGAAAGCAAUUUCAGCUUGAACUUCAGGUCCAACAAUGAAUGGAAGGGAUUUGCUCUGUCAACUUGUAUUGUUGGCUGCACCGGCGUCAUGUUAAUGAGAUCUAAAUGAAUCUUUUAUCAUCAGCUGGCUUCUGACAGGAGUGAGGAUGUGGAAGAAAUCUUAAGGUGGUUGCAGAGGUUCGUCUGUCCUGGUUUCCUGUGUGCUGUAACACGCCAAAUCUCAGGAACAGUAAUAAUCUGUCAGUCAGUGCAGACUCUCAUUUGCAUUAGAGCAUCCUGAAGAGUUCUUUCUGACGGGGGGGGGGGCACAGAAUUAACCAUAUUUCAGGUUUUGCAAGAACACACUGUGUGUGUGUGUGUGUGUGUGUGUGUGUGUGUAUUUGUCUAUUUUGAUUAUUAAAAAUAAGAAUAAAAAAUUGUUGUGCGUGAGCAUUAAAAGUUUGUGAUCACAGCUCCUGUGUGCGUGUUUGUCCUGCAGAAACACUUUGCUGCCUGUCCACGUGCCCCGCUGCUCUGUUGUAAUGCGUUUUGUGUUCACUCACAGCAGAAGUGUAAAGCUGCAGGGUAGUGAAGCAGCUCCUCGGGGACCUCGCCAGUCUAUUCUGUGUGCUCGCUCUCUUUACAGAAUGAAUGCUGCUCUCUGGCACUGGGGUUGUUUUUUUUUUUUGUUUUUUUUUUUUGUUUUGUUUGUUUUUUUGGCUUGAGCUGAACAUCUGCUAAUUUGUGUGUGAUGCCACCGAGUCGAUCUGUCUGCGUGACACAAACGGUUAAAAGCCUUGUAAUUGUGUUUUGAGAUAUCGAGUAAAUUCAGUCCCAGACUUUUUUUUUUUUU